AUGACGUCGAGUCAUUCGGAACGUUUUUUCGCCGAAACCGCUGGAGGCAAGCACGUGCCCCGGGCACUCUUCAUCGAUUUGGAACCGACUGUAGUUGACGAGGUUCGCACUGGCACUUACCGUACCCUGUUCCAUCCGGAGCAAUUGUUGAGCGGAAAAGAGGACGCUGCAAACUGUUAUGCGCGCGGAAGGUACACGAUUGGAAGAGAGAUGAUCGACGUGGUGAUGGAUAGACUGAAACGCUUGGCCGAGAACUGCUCGGGUCUUCAAGGUUUCCUCGUCUUUCACAGCUUUGGCGGAGGCACUGGCUCUGGAUUUUUGUCCCUAUUAAUGGAGAGAUUAUCGAUGGAGUACGGAAAGAAACCGAAAUUGGAGUUCGCCAUCUAUCCAGCGCCACAGGUGACGAAU